GUGUUGGGUGGGAGGUACCGGCCAGUAGGCGGAGCUGAGAGCGGUCCGGGCGGCCAGUAGUGAGGGAGCAGAUGGCGGAGGAGGCGGCUGGGGGUUCGGGGCUGCCCCGGACAUGAGCCCCCCGGGCGCGGACAGGCGAGCAUGAAGGGUCCGGAGGGACGGAACGGCUAUGUGCGGAGUAGUGUGAGCCCCCUGCCCGCGGAGCCCCCGUCCCUGUGGCGGCUGUACGGGCUGCGCUGCCCGGUAGCCUUACUGUGUGGGGCGGGGGUGCUGGCCGCGCUGUGUGGCUUCCCGGGGCUGGGCCAGGCUCUCAGCCCUCUCUUCAGUAUCGGCUGUGCCUACUUCUUCCUGGCGCGCAGUGUGUGGCCCCGGAGCCGGGGGGCCCUCCUGGCACUGCCGCUGUGCUGCUCCGCGGGGGAGGUGCUUGGGGCUGGGGAUGCGGUGCGGCUGGGGGCGGUGCUGGGCUCGGUGGGGCUCCUGGCCCUCUAUCAGGCCCUCCGGCUGGGCGACUCUGUGCUUCUGCUUCUCUCCUCCAGUCUCAUUUGGCUCCUCACUGCUUCCGGCUUGGGGGCCCUUCCUGUGGGGCUGCGGGCCCUGGGGAGCUGCCUGGCAGGACUGGGGGGCGUGCUCUUGGCUUUGGCCUCUCGCCCGGCCCCGCCCCCGAGGAGCAGUAUUCUGGAAGCGGAUAAAGUCCCGGUGAUACGGCCCCGCAGGAGAUCCAGCUGCGUGUCCCUCGGAGAGACCCCCAAUUCCUACUAUGGGGGCAGCAAGAUGGGGCGGAGACCCUCCCUACCCUGCAUCUCCCGCGAGCAGAUGAUUCUGUGGGACUGGGACCUCAAGCAGUGGUACAAACCCCAAUACCAGAGCGCCGGCGGCGGCAACGGAGUCGAUCUCUCAGUCCUCAACGAGGCGCGCAACAUGGUGGCCGACAUAUUGGCCGACCCCUCCCUCUCCCCCCAAGUGAUCUCCUCCCUCCGCAGCAUCAGCAGCUUAAUGGGAACCUUCUCAGGAUCAUGCAGACCAAAAAUCAACCCCUUCACCCCUUUCCCGGGGUUCUACCCCUGUAAUGAAGUGGAGGAUCCUAUGGAUAAAGUCGAGCGGAAACCUCACAAGGGGCUGAAUAGUCGCAACAGCUUGCCAACCCCCCAGCUCCGCCGCAGCUCAGGGGCAUCGAUUCUGCCACCCAUGGAGCUGCCCCCUCGGUGGGAACGUAGCAAUGGCAAGAGGCCCCACCAAGAAUACAUUGGUGCCAGCCAAGGAUCGUAUCCAAACGGACCUUACAGUUCCAACCUUCUCACUAUACCAAAGCAACGGUCCUCGUCUGUAACGCUGACCCACCACAUUGGCCCCAGGAGAGCUGGUACCUCUCCGUCUCUCAGCCCUGUGAAUUCCCCCAGCCACGGUUCUGGCUUUAGCCGGGCGCCCGUUGAAUUCCCCGACACCGCCGAUUUCCUCACCAAGCCGAGCGUCACGCUGCAUAAAACCCCAGGACUCGUUUCCACUUCUCAGGAUUUCCAGCCGCAGGUCCGGCCGCCCACCAGCCAUAUUUGUACCAGUUGUGGGCGGCCAAUUCUGAAGCAUCUUUCCAACACGGAAGCGACAGACACCAGUUCCCAAUCGGGCACCGAGCAUCAGGCUAGGAACCCGGCUGAAAGUGGCACCGGGGGCAACAGCCAGAAGGAACCAGGGCAUUUAAAGGAGAAGGCGCAGGAGACCAGGCUGCACAAAGACACCAGGAAUGUGUCCGAAACCCACGAGCCUUACACAGAACCGGGGCAGGCCGGCCGGGAAUCCGAGAUGAAGGAAGAGUCCCCCCUGGAGCUGAUGCUGAUUGAGGACCAGGACUCGCUAUUGGACAGAUUGGACAAUUGGAACUUCCCAAUAUUUGAUCUGGUGGAACGGACGGGAGGGAAAUCCGGGAGGAUCCUCAGCCAGGUCUCCUACACACUGUUUCAGGAUACGGGUUUAUUUGAGAUUUUCAAAAUCCCUCUGCGAGAGUUCCAGAACUUCUUCAGAGCCUUAGAAAGCGGCUACCGGGAUAUCCCAUACCAUAAUCGCAUUCAUGCCACAGACGUGCUCCACUCCGUGUGGUACCUGAGCACCAGGCCCAUUCCAGGGUUCCAUGAGAUUCAUAGCGACGAAACAGAUCCGGAUCCAGACGCAGAGGGCGGAGCCUCACAAGUUUUCCUGACUUCAAAAACUUGCAAGCUUCCAGAUGAAAGCUAUGGGUGUCUUUCAUCAAAUAUCCCUGCACUUGAGUUAAUGGCCCUGUUUGUGGCAGCAGCCAUGCAUGACUAUGACCACCCUGGUCGCACUAACGCCUUUCUUGUGGCCACCAAUGCACCACAGGCAGUUCUGUACAAUGACCGGUCGGUGCUGGAGAAUCACCACGCAGCCUCAGCCUGGAAUCUGUUUCUGUCGCAACCGGAACAUAAUUUCCUCACCUACUUGGACCAUGUUCAGUUCAAGCGAUUCCGAUUCUUGGUGAUAGAAGCCAUCCUCGCCACCGACCUCAAAAAGCAUUUCGACUUCCUCGCUGAGUUCAAUGCCAAGGUGAACGAUGUGAAUGGAAUCGGCAUCGAUUGGAGCAAUGAGAAUGACCGGCUGCUUGUUUGCCAAGUUUGCAUUAAGUUGGCCGAUAUCAAUGGGCCGGCAAAAACCCGGGAAUUGCACUUAAAGUGGACAGAAGGAAUUGUGAAUGAAUUCUACGAGCAGGGAGAUGAAGAGUCAAGUCUGGGACUUCCCAUCAGCCCCUUCAUGGACCGUUCUGCUCCCCAACUGGCGAAGCUGCAGGAAUCCUUCAUUACUCACAUAGUGGGGCCCCUGUGUAACUCAUACGAUGCCGCCGGCCUGUUGCCCGGGCGAUGGCUCGAGGAGGACGAGGAGGUAAUGGAAAGUGAAGAUGAAGAUGGGGAAGAGUUGGAUUCAGAAGAGGAAGAAAUGGAGGAAGAUAUUAAUCCAAAACCUCAGAGGCGGAAACGGAGGCGGAUGUUCUGCCGGCUGAUCCACCACCUGCGGGAGAACCACAAGGCGUGGAAGAAAACCAUUGAGGAAGAGGAGAAGAGCAAAGCCGAGCAAACGAAGCAGCAGAGCGACGACGCCCCCGCGGCCCCGCCCGACGACAUCCAGGUCAUCGAGGAAGCCGACGAGGAAGAGGAGCGGCAAUCGGGGGAGGAGAGAAAAUGCUGAGACCCUCCCCCGCGGGGCGUGUCCCACACUGUAACUCUGAAAGGCCUUAUUACUGUGAGCGGAUUAUUGCCCCCAGCAAUGCCCCCCCCCACUCUAUGCACUUUCACCUCUUGGAUCUACAGACUCGGUAGAUGACCCCCACCCCAUGCAAAGUUCUCUGUGCCCUCAUUGGUAUGUGAAUACCAUGAUCUAAUGCUGCCUUGCCCCGCCCCCCCCCCGAGCCCUUGCACAAGGAACUCGCACCUCGAUUCUGUUACCAAAGUGGCCGCCUCCCCGGCCCAUUAGCCCCGCCCCCCACGCUGGAACUCACUAUUCACAUUUGACCUUUAUUUUUUGCUGUUUUUUUUUUGCGUUUUGCUUUAUUUCCCCCCUGCUUGCGGGACGGAUUCCCUACGGACUGGAAUAGGAAUCGUCGGGGGAAACGGAGAAAAAAAGACUGACCAAAAACGAAAUUUUUUUUUUUUUUUUUUAAAUUGGAAAAUCCCGGACGCAUCGAUUUCGAUGCUUUUAUUGCCGCCUUUAUUCUGCCUUCAUUUUACCGUUAUUAUUUCAGGUCUGCGGCGAGAAUACACCCCCCCCUCGCCGCUCUGUGGUAGAUUCCAGAAAAAAAAACAAAAAACACGCCCACAAAAAAAAAAACCCGUAUUUCCGUAAUGAAGGGAUUUUAUUUGUUUUUUAUUUAGGCGAUGAUGACGAUGAUAUAUUAUUAUAUAUAUAUAUAUAUAUUUUUCCACUCUUGCUCAGGAUUGGUCUGUAGAACUGUGUCACGUGCCACGCCCAGCCGGAUACACACGCCCCCUCCCUCCCCCCAGGCGGGAUUUUCACACUUUUCAGUAACGAUUUUUUUGUAACCGCCGGCGCCGAACACGUUUAACCCUUUGUAUGCAUGCCUUUAGAUAAAAACAAAAAACAAACCAAAAAAAAAAAAAUUUAAUUUUGAAAAACAAAAAAAAGAAUUGUUUUUAAAAAAACAAACAAAAAACAAACAAAAAUAAAUAAAUCAGCACUUGGAGUUUUUCAGGAAUCCGCGGACGCAUCGCCAUACGCCACCACCGCCUGCCUGCCUUCUCGCCCCCCGAUAAUGGGACCCGGGUAAAUCCCUUUGGUGCAACCAAGUACGAGACAUAGGAAAUGAUCCCCCUUCAGUUAAAGGGACAGUCGCCCCGUUACGCCCCGAGUCGCAGGCAGCAGUGCAGGACCCCUGACCCUUAGGGGAGUGGCACACAGCCUUACUAUGGGGGCUUUAAAGGCAAAGUAAACCUCAACAAAGAAUUAUUCUAUUGAUAUUUCACCAUAUGCUUCUGUACCAGCCCACUCUGUGCCUCCGAUAAUGCACCCAGUAGCCCCCCCUCUCCUUAUCUUAGGGACUGACUGACAAUAUACAGUAUAUAUACAGUGUCACAAUAUGGCUGAUGAGGCUAAUGAAUUCAGAGCCACAUUACAUGGCAGCAUAGAAAUCAGUGCAGUCUGCAUCGGAAUUGAUUUAUAGCCAGCCCUGUAGCAGCAGCUUCUACGAUAGAUGCUUCUACGAUAGAUCACUUUCUCAUUAAUAAUUACCCACACCCCCUAAGUUUAGCUCCUCCCCAGCAGCCCAGAACCCACUGAGCACGUGCAGUGCCACUGACACACUAAAGAGUAUUACCCUUAUGGGGCUGGUACAGUAGGUCCAGUACAUACAAUACAGCAUUUCUAGCCAGACUACUUUUAUAGACUGUAUUUCCCCUUGGCAAGUUUGUUUAGUUGCCCAAAUUGCCCCCCCCAUUGCCUUGUGUGUAAUUGCCCUGACUGGUACUUGUGGUUAGCCUAUGUGCCAUUGGGUAUAGGAGCAGUGCCAUAAAGCAGGACAGAACUGCUGCACUGUUUGCCUAGUGCUGGUCACAUUGGUCCCAAGACUGGGCUAUUACCGGGGGCUAUUACUGGCCAGAACAGACCCCCUCACUGCUCUGCCUAUUGGCACAUACCCAGUUACAGCUUUGGGUUGGGAAGUUCUGUUGGGCUUAGAUUUCCCGUUGGUGGCCUUGCUUGCCCGGAACCAUUAGCCAUUGGGCUGGGAAAUGCAAACUCAAGCCCAGUAAUGUCUCGGGGCCCAAGGGUGCAGCCUCUGGUGCCUUAGGGGUUAAGCAGCUUAUUCACCAAAAAUCAACCCCAACCUUUGUUUAUAGGAUAUAUAUCAACCAAUCAGGGGUUCUUAACGUUGGGCGCCCAAGUUUAAAGCUUGCAGGGAGUUGUACUCCCAACAACAGGUUAAGAAACAGAGGUUUAAAGAAUCCCUGUACCCUCUCCCCAUACAAGCAGGGUCAUUUGUUCCCUGGGAGCUCUGUAUAAACAAACCCCCUCCCUUUGCUGCAGCCUUUAUUAUACAGAGGGAUCGUCUGUGGUUGGUUGUUUUACCCCAAGCCCUUCUGUGCCUCUCAGGUCAAGGUCCGAGUUCUGGCCGCCCUUCCGCUCGUGCCCAAUGUUCUAGCUUUAAUGAUGAUGAAGGUUUCCUUGAUCAUGUGACUUGGGGACUGGGGGUGUGGCUUUAAUUUAUUUUUCUAUCUGACGUUUAUUAUGUGCUGAUGCGACUACAGACAAUCAGGUCCCACAUUGUACGACAGAUAUUGUGUGUCUGUAAAUCCCCCCCCAUUUCCUUCAUGUAAAGGGGAAGCGCAGCCAAACAAAUGAUCAUUUUGCACAAUGUAAUUGCUAUUGGCCCUGGUAGUUGUUUGUUCCUCCCUGCACUGCUGCUUCCGACUCUUGAGACAAUGUACCUCCAAUGCCUUUCAUGCUUCUCGUUGGUUGUUUGCUCUGUAUUAACCCUCCGUGCCAGGGACGCGGUUGGCACAGACCAACGGGGCGGCUGCUAUUGAGUCAUGUGACUGUUCAAAUAUUAAAGUCAUUAUUGU